UGCCAAUCUCGCACGUGCGUUCAAAUCAAUCUAGUCGCGUUCCAGUCGUUUGCAGUAUCUAAGAAGGAUUUACAGUGUUGUCGUCCAUUAGAAUUAUCCUACUUGAGAAGAACCUUGUGAAAAAACGAACUCGAAGGCUACGGAAAUCGGUGAGUGAUCGGGCCGAUACCGCGAAUUAAUCGUGACGCUCAGAACAAGGCUACGCGAGUCGUCGUGAGCAGCCCACGUAUGAUGAGAAUAUCUUUUUAUGCAUAUGUACGUGACAUGAUUCGCGAGAUAAGUCUUGUAAUGAGUGUUGCGCGAACGUUGCGGAAUCGGAGAACUUACGCAGCAUUUGAUUCCUUUAUUGAUUAAUAGCUAUAAAAAAUGGUUUCAACAACAGUAAUGGAGAAUGGAAAAUCUAGUCCACCUAGGAAGCCUUGUAGUGUAGGUAUUGGUCCAGGCAACUAUCAAAUAGUGGGAUGGGACAUGGAUACUACAGGCAAGAGAGUUAUAGAUGAAAUAUGCCAAAUAGCUGGUUAUACUCCUAGUUGCUCGUAUUCUCAGUAUGUAAUGCCAUAUAAGGAUCUUAAUCCUCCUGCUAUGAAAAGACACAAUAUGAAAGUUGUGACUAUUGGAAAGUUCCGUGUACUUAAAGAGAAUAAAACUAACAAAGUAUUAAAAACGAAGAGUGAGGUAUCUGCAUUAACAGACUUCCUAACUUGGUUAGAGUCUAUUAAAAGUGACGCAACAGAUGGAGUGAUAUUGGUUUAUCAUGAACCACGUAAAGUUAUUCCUGCUAUGUUGCUUGAAUCCUUAAAGAAGUAUAAUCUGCUGGACAGAUUUAAACAAACUGUGAAAGGAUUCGCAAAUGGGUUCAAUGUCGCUGAAGCAAAAUGUACGAGCACAGUUAAUGCAUUUACUCUAAGGACGUUGUCUAGAACUUUACUUAAUCAAGAAAAGGAAUUAGAUAAUGCAAAAGAUAGAGCAUGUCUUGCUUUGCAAAUAGUACAACAUUUAAGUUCACUGGAACAUACAAAUGGAACUGAAGCAAAUGGUAGUGGUGAUAGUGAUAGUGCCAUACAGAAAACUGUAGAAUUCAUUAGGGAAUUCGUUCAACCAAUAGAAGUUGAGGAACAAGAAUAUGCAGAACUGAAAAUAGUAUUUGAACGUCAAAAUAGUUUAAAACCUAUUUUCGGAGUUCUAUUACGCGUGAAUCGUCGUGAACGUCAACAUACUAGUCCUUUGCGGCGACUACUUGCCGAAGCUGGAAUAGAAUAUUCUCAACUACAAGAAGCUUGGAGUAAUGGAAAGAAAGAAGGUUUGGAGAAGUUAAUUAGAGAAAAAUUAAUAGCAGCAGAGGAAAAAAAAAUAGAAGAUUUAUUAAUCGUUCUUGAAGGCCACUUUGACCCCGAAAAAAAACCUAGGUCAAGAAUUUUGCAAGACAAGCAGGAAAUAAAAAUGGAAAAUAAUAAAAUCAGUGACGACCACAAAAAUAAUAAUAAGUGUGAUUCAGAUACUCACAGUCCAGACACCACUACUUCAAAUUCGCCGCUUAAACCGAAAUCGGAACUUGAGGAUUCUGCGUUUAUACCAGAAGAAUAAUGACUGAACCAUUCAGUUGUUACCUUCAGUGCCUUUUACCUAAUUAUGAGAUGAAUAUUGUUUUCAGUAACUGAGUUUAUAAUCAUUCCGUUUAUUCUUUUGAUAAUGUUAUUCGAGCGGGAUAAAUAUGUGAGUGUUAUUUGUUGCAGUAUUGUAUUUAAGUUUUAUUUUCGUUAUAACAAAGUAUAUAUUGUAUCCGCAGAGAAUACAAAACUUGACUAAUUUAACGAAAAAUAUGUACAAAUAACACAUAUUAAUUAUUUUUAGUUUGUGAUAUAAAGAAAUAUUUAAUAUUUGUUUUGUUUAACGAUUCAUUUUAUGCUCAUUGUUUUUUAUUUAAUCAGAUUAACGAGUUGUAACGAGUGAUGCUUAAAGACUGCUCGACAUAUAAAAUCCAUUCAGCCACUAUCUAAUUUUUCUUUUCAUAAUUCUGAGAUUAGCGCUUAAUGUUAUUUUUCACUUAUUAGUAGUAUAAUUGCGUACAAAGUACAUAGUGAUAUUAAAAGAUAUAUUUUUGUACUGUGACAUUUAUUAAAUGAAUGCAUUUGUUACAUUCACACGUUAAAUUUGUCGUAUUGAAUACUUAAAUAAAGACUUGGA